ACUAGUGAACAGAUAAGGGAAGUGGGUUUAAUGGGAACAGGAAAUGAGUUUCCACGGCAGCCAGUGACAUCACUGCUUGUGUAUGUUCAUAAGCUCCUCCCCCUCAGAACACCGCAGGUAUAAACGUGUCUCAGGUGACUCUGUGUUCAAUCCUCAUCGCUGUCUCUCUGAGUGAUCUUCACACAGAAUGGGCUUCGGCACCAACGGCGAGCUGAUGGACGCCAGGUCAAAGGUCAGCUUCUGCUCGGGCUCGUGUCACGCCGAGCACAUCCUGCAGGUGCUGAACUCGUACCGGCGCAGCGGCACCUUCACAGACGUGGUCCUGCAGGUGGACGGCUGUGAGUUCCCGUGUCACCGCGCCACGCUCUGCGCCAGCAGCCUCUUCUUCCGCACCAUGUUCAGCAGCAGCAGCUACCUGGAGAACCAGCAGCCCGUGGUCCAGCUGCACGGCAUCUCCAGCACAGCCAUGGACAACCUGCUGGACUUCAUGUACGAGGGCCGGCUGAAGCUGGACGAGGAGAACGUGGAGAGCGUCUUCCAGGCGGCGGAUCGGCUGGACGUCCCCGUCCUGUCCAAAGCCUGCGUGCAGUUCCUGCAGGAGCGCGUCAGUCACUCCAACUGUCUGGGGCUGAUGGACUUCGCCAGUCUGUACGUGCUGGAGCCGCUGCAGGAGCAGUGCCAGACGCUGCUGUACCAGGACUUCCAGGAGGUUCUGCAGCACGACGAGUUCCUGGGUCUGCCCAAAGCCCGUGUGCUGGAGCUGCUGGCCUGCGAGCGUCUGCAGGUGAGCGAGGAGGUCCUGGUGACCGCUGCGCUCCGCUGGGUCCAUCAGCGGCCGGACGAGAGGAAGCAGGACCUGCGGGAGCUGCUGGAGCGUCUGCGUCUGCCUCUGCUGGACCCGGCGUUCUUCAGCGCUGUGCUGGAGGCGGAUGAGACGGUGCAGGAGUGUGUGGAGCUGCGGCCGCUGCUGCAGGAGGCGCGCAUGUACCGUGUGUUUGGACGGGAGGUGCAGUCGGAGCGCACCAAACCCCGCCGGUGCUCUGGCUGGGCUGAGCUGAUCUUCGUGAUCGGUGGCUGUGAUAAGAACGGUUUCUCCAGACUGUCCUUCACAGAGAAGCUGAACGUGUGGUCAGGAGAGUGGACGGCCGCCCCUUCUCUGCCCGGUUACUCCAAAUCUGAGUUUGCGACCUGUGAGCUUCAGAACGACAUCUAUGUGUCAGGCGGGCAGCUGAACAGCGCAGACGUGUGGCGCUUCAUGCCGCAGAUCAGUCACUGGGUUCGGGUUCGAGGGCUCAGCCGCGGUCGCUGGAGGCACAAGAUGACCUCUCUGUGUGGGAAGCUGUACGUGGUCGGUGGUUAUAACGGCCGCGAGCGUCUGUCCAGCGUGGAGCGUUACAGUCCUCACGAGAACAGCUGGACCAGUGUCUCGGACCUGCUGCUUCCGGUCAGUUCGGCCGCUGUGAGCAGCUGCUGUGGGAAACUCUACAUCAUCGGAGGAGCAGUGAGUGACCACAACAACACUGACCGGGUGCAGUGUUACGACCCGGUGAGUGACCGCUGGUCAUACGUGUCGUCCUGUCCCUUCUCUCAGCGCUCCAUCACGGCCGUGACGCUCAACAGCUGCAUCUAUGUGACCGGAGGUCUGCUGGAGCACAUCUACAGCUACACGCCGCACACAGACUCCUGGAGCCGAGCCGCAGAGCUGCCCGUCAAACUGGAGGGCUGCGGGCUGACCGUGUGCGACGGGAAGGUGUAUGUGGUCGGCGGUCGUGAUGAACACUCGGUGGCCCUGGAUCAGAUCUGGGCGUUCGACCCGGUGACCGGUAAAGUGACGGAGGAGAAGCCGCUGACCCGCUGUCUGAGUUAUCACGGCUGUGUGACCGUCCUGCAGCGGCUCUGACCCAAACACACCACACACACAUCAUCAGAUACAAACUUGAGCUUCUUAGAAAACCAAAUCUGACUUCUGUCAGCAUUCUGAACAUAUUUCCUGCAAUUCCGAGUUUGUAUCUCAUAAUUCUGACUUUAUAAUUCACAGUGUUGACUUUUCUCUCUGCAGCUGACUUUUAUUUUAUUUUUUGCAAUUCUACGUUUAUAUCUCAUAUUUACGAUAAUUCUAAGUUUGUAUCUUAUUUUUCUGAGUUAAUAUCUCACAAUUUAUCUUACUUUUUUCUCUGCAGUUUACUUUUUCUUGACAUUUUAAGUUUGUAUUUCAUAAUUCUGAGUUUAUAUCUCAUAAUUCAAAUGUGAAUAUUUAUCUCAUUUGUGAGAUGAAAAGUUGAAAUUACGUUUAUUAUUCCAUGAAGGACACAUGCUUGCAUUAAAACCAGUUUGCAACAUCAAAUAUCAUAAAUGAAAACACCGAAAGACACCAGCAGCCUCGCACGUUAAGUUAAAAAUACCCCAAUCUGUUUUUACAUUAAAACUAAGGAGGAUAAGUGAGGUUUCUAGCUGAACUAGAUAAAGCAGUUCUUCAUUUUUUGAUGAUAAGAUGAUCAGUUUCUUACGUUCCCCGUGACUGACGAACCGGAAAAUCUCUGUAGCAGAAAUGUGAACGCGUCACUAAUGCACAACAGUCACACAAUUGCUUGUUAAAUGAAGUCUGGUGAUAUUUUGCCUGUGUGUAUUGUGUUUUGUGUUUGUAGAAACAUUAGCGUUCUGUAAUACACAAAGAUUUAUUUUCUAGACUUGAACUGCUGGAAAUCCCAAUGUGAAUCUGAACCCUGAAAUGACUGUGAACAUGUUUUUAACCACUUUGUAUAUAUGAUUUAAAUAAAGAUAGCAUUAUUUUAUGAGUUUUUCUCACUG